UCGCAUCUCAAGUUUCUCUGAGCGCAGAAGCUGCGUCUGUGUGUGUGUGUGUGCGCGUAAAGCGUGCGUGCGCGUGUGUGCCAGUGUGUGUGUGUAUGUGUGUGUGUGUGAGAGAGAGAGAGAGACACGCAGAGUGAGAUCGGACAAGCAAGCGGACUUCACAUAUCCGAGUGUAAAAGAAAAGAAAGAAGCAGUAGAGAGAAGCACAGUAGUUGAGAAGUGACCAUGGAGAGUAUGAUAUCAGGACGCGUCUGGAUCGCCUGCGUUUCAGUUCUCUUUACACUACACGUGUGUCUGGCUUCAGUGUCAGUCAAGGUGACUCCUAAAGUGGAUGUGAUUUUAGGAGAAACUGCCCGGCUGCCCUGCUCCUACAACACCACCGGGGCCAUUGCCGUGGUCCAGUGGUUCAUUGAGUCUGCUGGCACACGGAAGCGUGUAGCUUUCAGGUCUUCCACAGACAGUGGCCUCGAUAAAGACACACCGUUAACAGGCCGUGUAACCAUGGAAACCAACAAGACCCUGGUCAUCUCUCCAGUAAAGGUGAUGGAUGAAAGGAGCUUCUUCUGCCAGGUGGACGGUGGACCCGUGGGUACCUCAGAGGCUGAGACCAAACUCAAUGUCUUCUUUGCUCCAGAAAAGCCAGUGGUGUCUGAUAACAAACGAAGCAUUCCUUUAAGCCAAGAUAACCCCACAGCACAUCAGGUGGGCAAAUGUAUCAGCAGCAACAGUUACCCGGAGCCUCGUAUCAUCUGGUUUAAAGACUCCGAACCACUGCCUAAUUCGGGUCCUAAAGGGAAGGUCUACAUGGUCCCGGGUGUGGUGAAGGAGUCCUCAGGUCUCUACACAGUUAUGAGCACUCUGUACCUCCAACCCGAGAAGAAGGACACCAAGUCAGUGUUCCACUGCACCGUAGAGUACCGCAUGCCGAACGACGAGAUCAAAGAGGAGAACUCUGAACAUUUUAACCUCACCCUGCUCUACCCGGCCGAGGACGUGUUCUUCAGAUUGUUGAACACGACACCCAUCAAAGAGGGAGAUGAGGUUCAGAUGAAAUGCGAGACAGACGGGAACCCUCAGCCUCAGUUCGAGUUCUCCAAAGAGGACUUUACACAAACGAGUAGCACAGGAUUAUUAAUUCUGCGCAAUGUCACACGCAGCGAUGCAGGUACCUACAAAUGUUAUGCGAUGGACUUUGAUGCUGGGGAUAUUCCCCUGGAAAAGACCGUCACCCUCGACGUGCACCAUCUGGACACAGUGUCUGUGGUGCCAGCCGGCCCUUUGAUGAUUAAUAAAGGUGAGCCCAUUGAGCUUCAAUGCAAGACCAGGUCUUCUGAUGAGUACACCAUCUCAUGGAUGAAGGAUGGCAAGCAGCUGUCUCAGAAGGGGUCCCUGUCCCUGCAGUCUGCAAGUCUGGAUAAUGCUGGCGAGUAUGUGUGUGUUGCAUCAGUCUUCUCAGUGCCAGGCCUGCAGAAGCAAGCUAAUGUCACAGUAAUCGUCUCAGGUAAGCCCGAGAUUGAUGAGCCCAAGAUAGCAGGAGUUGCAAAGCAGGGAGAUAUGGUCACUCUCGAGUGUUCUGCUCAAGGCUAUCCUGCUCCACAGUUCACCUGGACACCCUCUGGCAAGGAGUCAGUAGCAAUAAAUGGUAAUAAGUUCACCAGUACAGUCACCCUGGAGGCCUCAGCUGCUGUUCUGAAAGACGGAGUCACCUGUGAGGCAAACAACAUGCACGGCACAGACAGCAAGAUGUUCAUGGUCGAAAUCCACUCAAGCAACGAAGUCGGUUCAAACGAUGCACAAGGAAGUCCAGUGUUUGCAACAGCUGAGGGUCAGGAGGGUGGCUCGAAAGGAGUGGUGGUAGCAGUGUUGGGGUGUGUCCUGCUGUUGCUCCUGCUGGUGGCUCUUCUUUAUUUCUUCAGUAAGAAGGGCAGGAUGUCUUGCCGCAAGAAAGAGAAGAAAGAAGUAGCAUCCGGGGAGGUGAACAACGACAUUGUGGUGGAGAUGAAAUCCAGCGAGAAGCCCAACGAGGGGUCAGGGCUGCUUAAUAAAGAGCAGUGAUAUGAGAGAAGAAUGUAGAGGAAGAUAAAUCAUCUGUGGAAUCGAAGAGCAGCAGGGGUGCUUGUGUGUGUGUGUGUGUGUGCGUGUGUGCGUGUGUGUGCGUGUGUGCGUGUGUGUGUGUGUGUGUGUUUUCCCAGAGUGAGGCACCAUGCUGAAGCGGAGGAGACGAUACAUUUGAGCUGUAAAUUUUGCUUAGGGUCGGGUUAGGGCAGGUAGACGGGGUUUGACACAGUGUUUGGGGUUAAAGAUGGUGGGGUCAAACAAUUUUUUAAAUAAAAGUGCUCUUCUCUUUUAUAUUGAGGUGGGGUAAAUUUCAAACCUUUUUUUUUUUUUUUCCUAAAGUGAGAAACCAAUCACGCAAGUCACUGUCCACUGUCCACUGUCCACUGACUCUACAGACUAGCUGUGAAAAAGAAAGCAGUGGAAACUCAAUCCAGCACCGGGCAUUCUGUCAAAUUUCUUUUCUAUCCCAAAAUUUCAGUCUUUUAAUUAAAUCACUGUGCCACUGGAUUGAUCUUUGGCCGGUGCACUCCUUUUUUCAACUUAGUCUGCAUUAGACACUGCACUUACUGUCUGUUCUUCCCCAGUUCUUCCCCAGUGCACUAAAACCUGAUGAUCACGUUUAAAAACACUACUCGUAAGCACACACUUUGUCCUGUACAAACUGCUUGACUGUGGACUUGCAUGCUACUGAACAUAGCCUGUCUUUCUUCUUUCCCAUCAUUGUAUGUAUAGCCAAAUGUUUGCUUUUUUUAUAUAUAUAUCUGUAUUACAUGGUAACUUCUUAUACAGCACUGCCAAUACAUCUGUAAAGUUUGAGCAAACCAAAUACUUGGAGGUGCCAUGGAGAAAGUGGGAAAUACAAAGUCAUGCUAAUGAAUGCUAACGAACGUUAAUGAACGCUCUGACACGUACAGGACGGACAAUGAGACGCUUGGGCUUUUUUGUUUAGCUUAGUUUUUUUUUUGUUUUAUUUUGUUUUGAAUAAAACCUAAACCAAUUCUGUUCAUUGUUCAGAGAUGUUCAGAAAAAAAACAUUUGUUUUGUUCUUGCAGGUUGUUUACUUUUUUAAACCAUGUGUCCUUACAAAAUAACUUAUUGUUUGUCAACACUUUGGCCCAGCAAAAGAGUGUUUUUUGUUUGUUUCUUGUUGUUUUUGUUUUGUUUUGUUUUAAACCCAAUGACCUUGCAAAACAUCUUGUUUUUUAUUCUUGGCCUCUUUCAACCCUGUGACCUUGAUAAAAUUUCUUGCUUUUAAGUUGGUUUUUGUUCUGUUUUUUGUUUUAUAUUUUUUAACCCUGUGACCUUAUGAAACAUUUUGAGUUUUGUUUUUCCUUCUUUAAUUUUUUUCCGCGUCUGGGCGCCUCGGCGCAACCUAGACAUGUGCGAACAGUUUGUUAGUUUGAUUAAAAGUCUGGGGAGAGAAAUUCAAACCUCUAAUCUAACUAGAUAAUUAACCCAUUUUUUCUGCUAGACAUAAAACUGCAAUUGGACCCAAAUUAAAAGAGCUCACAGAGCACCGGUUCUGAGUCCAAAACAAUGUGAACUUCUACUGACUCCCAUCGAUCCGUUUCUCAGAGGUUCUUUAUUUGCAUUUAGUUUACUGUCUAUUCUCCAGCAUCUCACUCGGUUCCAACUCCAUGGCCCUGUACAAGAAAGGUUUAAGUAAGUAGUUAAGAGUCUCAUCGAUGACCGUAGAUGGAAAUGAUAGAAUUAUGGCCGCAAACCUGCUUAAACUUUAACCAAAAAUAUUAAAGACUGUAAAGGUUUUGAAUUCUCUGUUAUAUUAAGAGGCUUUAUUGCCCCAAAGCUUGAGUCGUGUUACUGCUGUAACUGUAACGUCUGUCGAUAUUCUUUGAUUGCGAUCAAAUGAAUCUCACACACACACACACACACACACACACACACACACACACACACACACACACACACACACACACACACACACACACAGUGCUUCUUCUAGCAGAGUAAAGAUGCUCUAAAUGCUAACACGCGAGUUAACAGUAAUUGGCUGGUUAGGGAAGUGUGUGUUUCUACUAUAUGUCUGAAUAUGAGCUAACUACUGAGUCUUGAGUGUACAUAUUAUCCUGUGGUUUGGUAUGAACUUGCUUCCAUUAGCCACACACACACACACACACACACACACACACACACACACACACACACACGCAUACAACACACAUACACACAAACAAAUACUCAAUGCUUUUCUCAAUAUGUGUCAACUGUUCAUCACGUUACAUUACAAAAUGUUCAUAUCCAACAAACUGAAUGUUCUAUUUUAUAUGUAAGUUUGAUUUUAUGUUUGAUUUGAUUUUUUUUCCCAGCUAUAACUUCACGCCAAUUUGUCACCAUUUUUUUUAUUUUAUUUUUUUAAUAUUGUGAAAACAACAUAUUAUUUGUGCAUACUUUUUUGAAACAAUGACGUUUGUGUUUAAACUACUGAAUUAUUGCUUUUGUUUUCUAUCUGUCACGUUCACUGGUCUUGCAGGUCAGGUUUAGAUAUCUUGUUAUGAAUUAUAAAGUAUCGUGACUGCUUUCUUCUUUCUGAUGUACAAUUUGUGGUAUUAGUUGUGUGAUUUGUAGCCUGUUUCUUCCCCUUUUGUGGAACUGUGUAGACUUUAUACUGAUAAAAAGAAAAAAAUCCCACA